AUGCAGAAUAGGAUUUCUAAAGAUAAUUUCGCCGAAAUAGCUCAACAUGCUGUGACCAGUAUACGACGUUUAGUAAGCUCCGGCCAUCAAGAAAAUACCAGACCAUCUCAGCAAGAUCUCCUUUCUGCCUCCAAACAGAUAGAGGAAAUGUGGAAAAAGAAUAAAAUGCCAGUUGACGUAUCCGUGGUCAAUCUGUGGGUGACCAGCCUCGCAGCUGAGCUUUAUUUUCAUCUGAACUCUGAGGAUAAGGGAAGUGCACGCAGAUUUAUUUCAGAGUCUGUAAUGGUGACGACGUUAGAGGCAGCUCGUAUUGUCUGUCAUACUGACAGCCUUUCUAACUGUACCCCUAUUGUUAUUCGCAAUCUUAUUCUGCUCUUGGUCGAAUAUUUCAUGAAGAUACCGCUUACCAAGCGAGUCCGUGAUAUAUUAGCUCUAGUGUUGGUUGAGCUCUAUGUAAGCCAGGUAGCCCUUUUAGACGAAUUGGUAGAAGUCAUCAUACCCUUUCUGGUAGUGCAAUCUACUACCACAAGUGAAAGCGAUGAAGUAACCGAAAAGUCUAAUGGUGAAAUCGUUGACCAGCCUCGAAAUUUCAAUAAAGCUGAGGUGAUAUCAACAAUUUGCCCGAUUCAGAUCUAUUUGGCUUCCCUACUAGUGACAGCUCUUCAUCGAAUCAGCACCCUUGGCUUCGAUUCAACGAUAGUCGAAAGCAUGUUUAAGCGUCGAAUGAAAAAUAUCAUCGCUUUAUUGCAGAGUGCAUAUAAUGUAAGAUGCACUGCAUCGUUAUUGACAGAUGACACAGGUGACGCGCCCUCCUCCUCUUCCUCUACCUAUUCUGUGAAUGGGUAUUACCAGGUAGCUGUGUGCGUUGUAUACUUAUCCUUAAUCGGCGGGCUUUUCCGAGGCAACGACGCGUGCAAGAGGCUGGUGACCUCAGGCUACGGGCACGAGUUCAGCACCGUGUGGACUUUCACGGCCUCUAGGCUAUCUCAUAUGAAGUUGGAAUUGAUUGUGCCCGCGCCGACGCCGAAGGACAGCGUGGUUACCCUUGACGCCGUCCAGGUGUGGCAGUCGGAAUUACUUGAGUUGGUGAUUGAGUUGUGUUCUGAGGAUAGCUUCUCUCUGCGGCGGAUGACCCUGAGUGAAUCUUUGGAUAGUGAGCGUUUGUGUGGCGCUGGAAGCCCUCGUGGGAACGAUGCUGUAGGCUCAUCUCAUAUAACGGGGAUGACUCCCAAAGGGGUCGGAGCUGGCUUCCAAGUCACGGGCCAGUGCCACUACAACCCGAUUCCCCUCUGCUGGGAUACCAUUCUGGCGGGAGGCUCGCGUUGGGUGUGGAAAUUAGCUUCUUCUGUAUCCUGUUGUUUAUUUACGUCAAGGGGCACUGAUGUACUAGAACUUUGCCUGUUAGGCCUGGAAACAAGCAACGCUUUGGCUGAGUCCAUGCUCCGGUGCUUUAUCUUCACUAUGGCGCUCAUGUGCUUCGCUAAUCCAUACAAUGCUAAACGUUUGGCGGAGCGACAGAUGUUUGAAUGCCUCUUUGCGGUCGCCACAAAUAGGCAGGAUAGCAUCUUUAUGAAUACCGUACGUAUGAACGUGUCCAAAGGCGGCCAAGUAUCUGACGGCAUUGAUAACUGCACUGUUGUUUCUCCUGCCCCUACGGAGCCGACAGCCAACACGAUACAGUUAGUGGUGUCCUUUAUGUGCUCUCUCGCGUCGUUGUGUUUUCCAAAACGCAUUUUGCAUCUUCUUAUGGAAGGUGUUAAGGACAUGUCGAGGGUCCCGUUCUGUCAAACUGACAUCCUCAUCGAGGAAUCGUUGCUGUAUGUGUUAAGUCAUACGUACGUUCCCCCCUGUGUGCUUUUUUUCCCAGGGAAUGGUAGCAUUAGGUGCAAGCUGAGUCAGUUCGUUGGAAGGUGGUCCGGCUACAGCUUCUCUGCGUGGAUUCAUCCGCUCUGUGUGUGGACAGAGGGAUGUCAUCUUUUUUCUUAUACCCUCAGCUCAGGCACCUCAGUUGCGAUCAGCGUAGUGGCCAACGGGCGCUCUUGCUUCCUCGCAGUGCGGGUGAACACGUUGAAGGAAUCUACAGUGACUUUGGUACCUGAGAGCACCUUCUAUGCGGAGACAUGGUCGCAUAUUGCCUUGACGCACGGCCUUUCUGCGAUGUUUUUUUAUGUUAAUGGCCGGAAGUUAAACACAGGCUUCAGUGUUCCAUUCCCAAAGGAUCAUUUUGAGCGGCACAAGCUUGACCUCGCCUUUGGUGGAGCCACGGAGGACCCCUCUUUUUUUGGUUAUGUGACCAGCAUGAACCUUCUAGAAGGUGCCAUCAGCGAAAAGGACAUUAUGAAGCUUUACGCACAGGGACCCAGCACGAUUGAGGGGAGCGAAUUUCGUGUUCUGCUUUCUGUGGGUGCAACCACACCUUUUGAUCGAUCUAACAGCGAGCGAAUCUUCACAAGCAUCACGGAUUCGACGGUCGAAUCGUGUGCCCACAUAAAAGGAAGCCUUUCUAGCAAGUGUGAUAGUAUUUCAGUUUACAGUGUCUAUUCAGUCAUGACAUGUUCUGUGCAAGAAGAGAUACAGGACUGUGAUAUACUACCAUGGGCGCUCCAAACCCUGAAGGAGUCCCAUGAAUCUCCUAAUUUUUUUGCUAUCGCGAAACUAUGUCUUGAAUUCGUCUCCGUGGCCAUGCGCACAACAAACACUGAUGCCGAGCUCAAUGCCAUCCUAAAAGAUUCAUAUCUAGCCGAGUUAAAUAGUGAAAUACUAACCUGGUCCGACACGUUUUCAGACUUCCCUGCGAUUUUGCUCCUGGGGGCAACCCUCCGUGGUAGCUGCCGGACCCUUCGUCCGCAUCAAAGCACGCAAGCCAUUUUUUCCAUUUUGAUGGAACGCCUUGAAGUGGUGUGUCGCGCCAAGGAAGGGGACUACAUUGUGCGCAACCCUUCCUCCGUUGCGAUCAUCUUGCGUGAAUUAAGUGACUACUUGUCGGAUAGUGAAAAUGUAAAACUUUUCAAAGAAGUCUCUAGGCGAUUUAAGCGCAUCCUUUUUAUGAGUCUAGAUCUCCCCCCAGAGUGUAUUGAAGCCGUUGUUGUCCUCAUUGAGAAGUUGUGCAAGGGGGUUCCAGAGCUAGAGCACACAUUACGUUUUUUGCUGCUCCCUCAGCCAUUCUGUCCUAAUGCGGAUGCCACCAAGGCUGGGAUCCUCCGCAUGCUGUUUGACGUUGCGAGAACCAAUGUGAUGAUGUGUGAUUGGAUUGGAUCCUGCUUUAAGGGCCGUGGUGCCUCCUUCCUUAUCAUGUUAGUUCAUGGGAAGAACCACUCCAGCGAGGCCAUUCGAAUAUUUUCUUUGCGCUUGCUCUCUCUGAUGUUGCAUGUUAACCGCAAGUUUCGCGAGACUUUUAUCAAGUCCAACAAAUUUGAGGUCAUUUCCUGUGCUAUCACUGAUCAAACGUCGACUGUGCCAAUACGCCUCCCCACGUUGGAUUGCCUGUUUCAUAUGGCCUUUGACGAAUAUCUCCCGACGGAAUCUUCGAAUGAAAACAUCGUGUCGUGCUUCAACUCAAACAAUUUGAGAACCCGCACCUCCUCAGGGGUGGGCGUGGAGAAUUCCGUGAAUCUCCUGAAUGGCGUUCAAAAGAGCCUGAAUCUGACAGGUCAUUCCCCAGGACUCUUCUCCAGGCGUCUCAAAGUUACUCACCGCGAGUAUAGCUUCGACGUCGCACACGACUUUGGUAAGUCCGCCUUCUCUCUGCAAUUCGCUGACUCUUACUGCAGCAAGUCUACCCCGAACACCAGUCUUUGCAUGCCCCAGGCCUUCAAAGCAGCACUUCAGGUUCUUGGCUGCCUCAUUACCACAAUCGGCAACACCUUCCAUACGUCGCGGACCAGUGGCUCCGAGAAUGAUUCAAUCGAUGCCAGUGGUGCUACAGUUCAAGAGGGCACCCUUUCACCCACCUUCUUAGCAUCUUCAUAUGGAGAUGAGGUUUCAGAGCGAGUCGUGGUGCGGGUGCUGCACUACUUAGAAAAGAUAAUUGAUAUUAACCAAAAUGGAGUAGCAUUGCUCCUCUGCCCUUGGUUGGAGUGGUUUUGGAAUGCGAUUAGCCCUGUCAUCAGUUAUAGGCGGUCCCACUCAGAGGGUAGCCCUCUCGGCGCAAACGCAAACGCUUACUGGACGAAAAAGUUUCCGUCGACUGUUAUAACUCAUGCCCGGUAUAUCAUACGGAAGUUGCUGGUGUUGGAUAUCACGCGCAAUAGCAAGGCCGCCAUGCUUCGGCGUAUUCGUGAGAGCGGCACGCAGUUUCCAUACUUGAUACGAAUCAUACUCGAGGAGGUGUUACGACACUUUUCUAAAUGUGGGCUGUCAGAUCCAGACCAUGCUAGCAAUGUUAUAAAAAAUAUUAACUAUUUGCUUCUAAACGUUGAGCACAUGUUAGAUCCCUUCCCGAUAGCUCUAGGAGUAGAAAUCGUUGUUUCCAUCAGUGCCAUUGCCAUACGUAACAACUCCUGGGUUCGAAUGCGCAUGAAGAAUUCAACGCAGCUCUUUGAUACGCGUGACCGCCUCGCGUUUUACCUGUUGGCAACAUCUAAGCACUACUUCAAGGUGGAUAUCGAGCUCCUUGUGCAGUUGAUCGAUGCGAAUGCCCACAACCCUAAUUCUAUGUGCCUCCUCCUCCAACGCUUCACCCGCGCCAUUAACCAAAAAGAUGUCGAUGAACUUGAGAUUAUUCUGCAGAUGAUACGUCAUUUGGUCAUUAAAUAUGAAGAUCAGCAUUGGGAGGUGUAUAAGUUGCUAGGCACCACUUGUACGAGGCUUGCAGAGUUGUUGUGCAUGGCGGCGGAGAAUGAUGGUUCAUCCCCUCGACCUCAGGCCGUGCAUCCUAAACUCGACCACAUGGGAUCCCCACAGCCGUGCGAUGCGAACACCCGUUCUCGCACGGAUGCGGCCAUGAACUACCCUCCAUUAGGCCCUGGAGCCCAUCGUGAUCCGAAAUACAACGAGCCCAUCGGAAAUGACCUGCCGGUGAUGCAGAUUAUCGAGUGGUGUCGAACCCAUGAGGUGGAAUGGAUCAGCUUAACACAGCAGCUGGAGCAGAAAGUGGCAAAAAUCAUGGAUAUACUGCUCAAGUCGAGUCGAGAUCGAUGCGAAAAGGAAAAAGCUUUAGUGUUGAAGGCGUCUCGCGCCCAGAAAGAGCGUAGGGAACGAGCUAAGAGCAAUGCAUUAGAAGAGCUAAAGUCGAUACGCAACGAAGUAGAAGCUGAGCUGUCGGUCUAA